AUGACCGUCACUCAUUCUGCAAAUGGCAUCGCGCCGCCAGGUUCAUCCGGUAUUAAAGUCAUUAUCGUGGGAUUGGGUCUGGCCGGACUUACUGCUGCGAUAGAAUGCCAUCGUAAAGGUCACAGCGUGAUUGGGUUGGAGAAAACCCCCAAACCAACGCACUUGGGUGAUAUCUUCAGCAUCUCGAGUAAUGGGGCCAACGUAAUCCAGAAGUGGGACAACGGGUCCGUUGCUAAGUAUCUGGACUCCGUCCGCUGCGACGUUGCUAGCAUCACCGUCUGGGAUGAAGCAGCCAACGUUAAGCUUCGGAAAGACAUGACGGGGUAUAAAGAGGGUGAAGGACUUGUUCUGAACCGUUCAACAACUGUCUGUACCCUCUACGAGUAUGGAAAAAGUCUUGGUAUCGAUCUGCGCUUUGGUAUAUCGGUGUCUGAAUACUGGGAAAACGACGAUGAGGCGGGAGUCAUCGCGAAUGGCGAACGGUUGUCUGCGGACUGUGUAAUUGCUAGCGAUGGCAUUCACAGUAAAGCAAGGCCGAUCAUCACCGGGGAUAAUAAGCCCCUCAACAAGAGUGGCGCUGCCACAUACCGCGCGGGCUAUCCGGCAGAGGUUUUGGACAACCACCCGGAUGCCCAGUGGAUUCUCGAGGGCACAGACAAAGCCGAUCAGUUGAACCACUUCAUUGGCAAAGAUAUUGCGGUUAUCAUGGGCACUGGAAGACACGGUAAAGACGUGUAUUGGGGGUGCUUACAUCGUAGCGCCGAUGGUGUAUCUAAAUCAUGGCUUCAACCGUCCGAUGUGACAAAAGCGCUGGCAUUGAUUGAAGAUUGGCCCGCAAAAGACAAAGUCGGGGCAGUGAUUAAAUGCACACCGAACAACACCUGCUACGAUCACCUUGUCAUGGCAGUUGAUCCCCUGUCUCGAUGGGUUUCGGAAAAAGGUCGAAUGGCUGUCAUCGGAGAUGCUGCACAUGCCUUUAUCCCCACCUCUGGUCAGGGUGCGAGCCAGAGUAUUGAAGACGGUGCAGUGAUUGCCAUUUGCCUAGAGCUAGCCGGAAAGAAGCAGAUUCCACUAGCUCUUUCGGUGAUGGAGAAGCUGAGAUAUCAACGCAUCUCUUUGAUUGGGGAGGGAAGUGCGAAAAUGUUGGAGUCUCUUCAUGGGGCAAAUUGGGAGGCCAAACAGCAGGACAAACUACCCACACUGAUUGCUCGUGCGAUGUGGAUCUUUGAUCAUGACUGCCAGAAGUCCACAUACGAGGAGUUUGAGAAGGCUGCCGAAGCUGUGGUUGCUGGCACUACAUAUGUACCGGCUAAUAUUCCAAAUGAUGGCAGACACGGGAUUGUGGAGGAGGAAGGCAAGUCCACAGUAAAGAUAUCAUCUGCUAGCUCUGUUCCCAUUGCUGCAGAGUAG